AUCCCCUCUGGACCUGGAGUCUACGCGGUGUACGACGCCAACAAGGAUCUGCAGUACAUUGGCUUAUCAUGGAAAGUUAUUGCAAGCAUCAACCUGCAUAUGCAUGAGUUGCCACAGCUAUGUGACUCGGUAAGAUAUGCAGCAGUUCCAACGCCAAGCAAAGCCGCAUUACAAAACGCUUGGAAACAAUGGAUGUCUGAGCACAUAAAUGAAAACGCGGGUAAUUUACCGCCUGGAAAUGCACAGGGAAAUUCUCUUUGGGCAGAGCGCAAACUUUCACCGGUGAAAGAUAGCUUCGUUUUGACAGAUGGCGUAGCAGAGUGCGUAAACGAUGAUGAGAUAAUUAAACUUUGUCGCAAAUUGGUGAGCUCAUCUCGAAUCGUUGUAUUCAUAAAGGGUUCAAGGUCUAAUCCUGAAUGCGGUUUUUCGCAUCGCGUCUGCAUGAUUAUGGAUGAGCUGCGCGUUGAGUAUGAGACUGUCGAUACAUUGGAUGAAGUGCACAAUCAUAAUUUGCGCAACGUCCUGAAGCGUUUCAGCGAUUGGCCAACAAUACCUCAGGUGUACUUCAAUGGUGUUUUUCUAGGCGGACAUGACAUAAUCGAAGAGAUGCAUAACUCAGGAGAACUCAAGUCAAUAUUGAUGGAGUAA